AUGGACCCUCAGGGGUUCACGUCUCUCGUGCAUAUUCAGGACGAAUAUGUCCUGUACCCAUACGACAAUCGUGAGGUCUUGGAUCGCUUCGCUUUACUGACCAUAAUCAUUGCUAUCAUAGCACUUCUAGCCUCUUGCUGCGGUACUCGAUACCGUGGUAUCUCGACAUUAUGGCAGCCACAUCCUUCUCGCAAACUCCCAACAGCAGACUCCUCGGAGGAUGAUUUCGAUGCGGACACGCCUGUUUCACCAUCAACGUGGUCUGCCUCUAUUACCACCUCUCCUGUCGAAUGGACUAUACCAGACACAGCGCCCACCAUACGAUCUACAAUUGAUGGCGCUGCAGAACUGACACGUCUCCAAGAAGCAUUCAGAGCCUACAGACUACGAUCCGAGCAACGCCUAGCCAACCAACAAGAAGACUUUGCCAAUGAGCAAGACGAGCUCGCUACACGAUUCACAGACCUACACCACAAGAUCCAACAGCUCAUGUCUUCCCGAGGCCUCGAGAUCCGGACUCGAGCACAAGGCCGCUUCCUCGCAUCACUCGAGAUCGAGACUGAGACCAUCGAUACCGAGGAGUUCAUAAAACGCGAGCAGGAGAAGUUUGCUGAAGAGAAGACACAAAUGCAAAGAGAAUACGAUCACAAGCUAUCCGAGUUGAGAGCACAGCUCGAAACAGAGCAAGUCUUUGUCUUUAAUAUGGAACAGCGAUCUCGAGCUCUCGUUGGUCAACAACGCGACCUCUUCAACGCACUAUGCCAACCUGAUAUGCUAUCGUCAGAGUCAAAUACUUCAACUCCAACAUCCCUACGGACUCCUCAACCAGAAUCCAAUCCCAACAUAGAAGCAGCAGAAGCAGACAGCGCCCGAACCAACCUUCCAUCAAACCUCGACCAUAUGCAAGCAAGCAUCAAACAAAUGACCACAAUAAUUCUGACCCUAGAACAACAAAUCCUAGAACUUGAGGAAAACUACAAACGCGUCCUUGCAUUGAUGGAAAAAUCGUGGUUCGGGGAAGUGCCCUUUGACGUUUACUAUCCUGAUUAUGCUCCGGAUCGGUUUAGGAGCAAGAAGACGCCAUCUCCAAUCGAAAGAAUAGGGGGUUUGGAGAAGCCAAAACAGGAUUUGUACGAGUCUAUUGAGGGUGAUGACGAUGAUGAUGGUUUGCCUGAAGGGGACUUCAGGGGAAUUUUCAAUCCCGGGAAUAUACCGGCGCCAUUAAGUCCUAUGCAGGAUGGAGAUAGGCAUUAUGAGCCGCCAAGUGUUGAGUCAUUGCCGGACACACCGAAGAGCCCGGUUGCUGAAGGAGAUGUUCAAGAAAAUAAAUCAGAAGAGCCCAUCGUAGAGCUCAUUAACCCACCGGUACCACCACCGGAGAGUCCUAAAUUGCCAGUGAGCGGACAUCGAGGUCCAAGGAAGCGAAGACCUGAUUCCAUCAAAGUUCCUGGCAGAGGAGGUCCUCCAGACCCAGGGAGUCCUGGAGGCGGGGGAAGUCCUUCACCACCAAAAAGCUCUGGUCUUCCUAAUGGUAAGCCUCGUCCUCCAAGACCUCGAUCCGUGAGCAGUCCACUGCAUACUGCGACCUAUCCGACCACACCUGGAUCAGGAUUUGUACCUCGAAGGCCAGAGUGGACUAUUCAGUCACCUUUCUUGGCGGAUUUUACUACUUGGGCUAAGCAGAGUCCAAAGUACUCGACACCACCACCACCACCACCAGAGCAGAGGGAGGAGGACAAGGACAAUGACGAUAUCGAAGACGAUGAGGAAGGGGACAGUGAUGAAGAAGAGGACGAGGACGAGGACGAUUUCUCUCCAGCAGAUCCGAUUAACACAGCACAACCUGAAGAUGAUUACACGGAACUGAUCAUCCAGCUGUCGAAAACAAACAAUGCAGACCACCUGGUCAAGUACUUCUGGUCACUCAAAAAGUCUCAACGCAUAACAGCCUUUACAAUGUUUCGCUCGCAGGGUUGGAAAGCAUUCUGUAAUUACAUGUUACUUACAGGAUUGCAGCCGCCCCCACCACAACCCAAUCAGCAGCAGCGGCAGCCACCCGAUGGUGAGAACUCUGUAGCAAGACAGCGAAGAUUGAUCGCUGAAAGGCAGUUCGGAAUAGACUUUCCCAACGGCCAUCGAAUAAUCCCGACCUCAGGAGCAGGUGACCUGUGCGCCCCUGAGGCUGCGGUCAACAGCUGGCGUGCUCAAAACCCUGGCUUGCCAGCGAUGACGGUCGCACAGCUGCAAUUGGAGGUCCAAAAACUCAUGCGCAAUACGGUCUUUGCGAAAAACUUCGGCAUCGAAGCAACAUAUUGGGGCGCAAGUCAACUUGCCCUAGCUGUACACAAGUGGGGAUCCCAGCAUAAUCUCAACAUCCAGCUAGGUUGUUUCUCGCCUGGUAUUCUCACGCACCUCGAGACUUUUAAGGAAGUUUCCAAAUUGCCUGUGAUUUAUUUGUGGGUACACAAUGACAAUCGCCAUCAAGAGGUAAAUGGACGUAUCAUUUCCAAGGGUCACUGGUCAGGAUUAGGACAUAGAUAUGGGAGUGGCGAUACACCUGGAAAUGGUUCAUGGGGACGAAGCAGUCGAAGAGGGGGAGGCAAUCGUGGAAGAGGAGGUAAUCGUGGAGGACGCAACCGUGGAGGACGAGGCAAUCGAGGAGGAGGACGUAGCGAUAGAAGAGGUGCUCGAGGCAGAGGGUAG